AUGGACGAGGAUGGGGAACAGCAACAGGAACGACAGUUGGCACACCCCCGGCUGCCACCCGAGAUCAUUCAGCUGAUAGUCGAGAGCGUCCUCCCAGCGAACCCUCGGUCGCUGAUUGCUACCUCGCACAGCGCGACGCGCACGCUGCUAUCCCUGACACGGGUAUCGCGGCUGACGUACCGGGUCGCGACGCGGCUCCUCCGGCAGCGGUGCGUAUACAUUGACAGCCGGCGGCGGCUGGGCGAUCUCCUGCUGUGCAUGAACCGGAUGGUGCCGACGGUGGCGCCGCCGAUGCCCUCGCUGCGGCACCUGACAAGCCUGUACCUGUCGCCAUUCGAGGGCGGCUCGCUGGACGACCAGCCGACGGCACUGUGGGUGCGGGAGCUGCUGUGCGAGGUGUCGAGCACGCUGCGGCGUCUGGUAGUGCACAUGCCGUUCCGCAGCCUGGACCCGCUGGACGACCACCUCAACGUGCGGAAGGCCCUUCGCGAGGGUUUCCAGCACCUUAGCCACCUCGAGGAGUUCGUCUGCCUGGGGGAGUAUCCAGCGCUCAGCGUGGCGGACGAGCACACCGACGUGUGGCGGCUGUGGCCCGACCUGCGGCGGCUCGCGCUCUUUGACGUCCCCGCCGACAGCCACUGGCUCUGGUGGGAUGUGGCCACGCUCACUCGCCUAGAGCGCGUGGUACUCGUUCAGCCGAGGAACCUUGACGCUGUCAACAUCAAAGACGAGUACUUCCACAAGCUGCCCAGGGACCACCCCGCGCUGGACAGAAAUAUCCGCCUCACACUGCUCGACACCGCGCACCACCUCCCCGACGCGUUGGACGUUUCCCGCUGGGCGAGUAUAGACCCACGGGGACGAAUGGCCGUCGACAUGUAUGAGGUACCUAUGCCGUUCUAUGGUGAUGAGACGCCUGCUGAUCUUGUCAUCGAUUGGGUCAGGAGGGGUGCGCUCGAUGGAAGGCUAUGGGAUUGGAAGGGCACAGAGGUUGCUGCUCCGGUGGAGAAUAUCGCAGCAUAG